UCAUAUUUUAUAAAUAAAUCGGCGGUAACACUAGUAGUCUGGGAGAACGGUGCGUGCGUGCGGUGAAAUUUUUUUGCUGGUGAUAGAAAAUAUCAAACCGAAAUAAACAUAUAUCGCCGCUCGAAUUGCGUCGAAAAGUUAUUCAGCUAUUCACGAAACCACUUAAAGCGUUAAAAGAGUAACAUACGAAAUGGCUCAAGAAGGUCAGGACAUACCAACUUUUAAGUGCGUGCUGGUAGGAGAUGGCGGUACUGGCAAGACUACGUUCGUCAAACGCCAUAUGACUGGCGAGUUUGAAAAGAAGUAUGUGGCCACAUUGGGCGUGGAAGUCCAUCCUCUGAUCUUCCACACCAAUCGUGGUGCCAUACGCUUCAACGUGUGGGAUACAGCCGGACAGGAGAAAUUCGGCGGUCUGCGUGAUGGCUACUAUAUUCAAGGACAGUGCGCCGUCGUUAUGUUCGAUGUGACCUCGCGUGUUACAUACAAGAAUGUACCCAACUGGCACAGAGAUUUGGUGCGUGUGUGCGAGAACAUUCCGAUAGUUCUCUGCGGCAACAAGGUGGACAUCAAGGACCGCAAAGUCAAGGCCAAAAGCAUUGUCUUUCAUCGUAAAAAGAACCUCCAGUAUUACGACAUUUCGGCCAAGUCAAACUACAAUUUCGAAAAACCAUUCCUCUGGCUGGCACGCAAAUUGGUUGGUGAUCCCAACCUAGAGUUCGUUGCCAUGCCGGCACUGCUGCCGCCAGAGGUUAAAAUGGACAAGGACUGGCAGCUGCAGAUCGAGCGUGACUUGCAGGAGGCCCAGGCGACCGCCUUGCCCGAUGAGGACGAGGAUCUUUAAGCGAGAAGCGUAUUUAAAAUAGUUAACUGAGAGACGGCCGGCCUACACACACACACAAAAUAAACACAUACCAACCAGAACCACUAUCACAUACACAGCCUACACACAACACACAACACACAAAAGACGGCUGGAGUGCCAGGAAAAACGUAAACAGCGGCUCUACCCAGUGAUGCAUCCACAACAGUUAUGGCAUCAGCAGCGGCAUCUCCAACCGUUUUGGCAGCCACAACACAACAGCAGCAGCACAGCCGCCAAAACGUUUGGAGACGCCACUUUUUUUAUGGAGCACAACAGCGAAGACUGCACACACCUCCCAACAGCUACCAUGUCCCUUCCCGUUUUCCAAUUAGUCGCUCCAUAAAAAUAAGUGAAAAUUUUUUUUAAUAAUGAUUAAAUAUUGUUUUGCCCUGGGGCUAGUAAUUGAAAGCACACAAAAACAGAAGAAAACACGAAACAUAAAAAAGAAGUAAACAAAAAUAAAGAAAUACGAAUUUUUGAUUUUGUGAGCCCAAAAAAACAAAAAACAUUCAAGGUAUAGUCGUCUUCUAUAUCAAUGUAAAUGACGGACAAACAGAAAGAAAGUAAGAGAAAAGAGGAUGAAGAAAGGCGAGAGGCGCACCCGCAUGGAAACGAGCGAGAGAGCAGAGCAACGCCGUAGUUGUAGUAGUAGACCGUAGACCGUAGACCGUAGAUGUCGGCGUAGGCGCUGGGAAAAGAACUGAGUCGAAAUGAAAGAGAGAAGAGAGCCAGAGUCGCCCGCUUAAUCCUCUCCAAAUGUUAUUAAUCUAAGAAACUAUGAAAAAAUAAACACAAAAAACCUUCAAACAACAAAUAAAAAAAAAAAAGUGGAAAAACAAACGUUUUGGUAUUGUAUGGAAAAAGAUAAGUAAAUAAAGGAAGAGCAACGCCACAA